UAAAAUUGACAUUUAACUAGUACUUGUAGACGAGCAGUUAACGCGCUUGAGUUCGAUCUAUGAAUACUGGCCAGGCAUGGGUUCGAGUCCCACCACGGUUGAAUAAUUGAAUAAUUUUCGCUACGCGCUAGUUUAAUUUUCGAUUAUCUUCGACUGUGAGGACUCGGUUCGUUGUCGAACAAACAUUAGCUGUCUAUGAUAAACUCAUAAAGGUCAGCUGGACUACACCAGCAAGGAAAAAAAAUGACAUUUAUUUUUCUUGUACAAUGAAGUUGUAACCUCAUGAUGACGCUUGACGCUAGCUUUCAGCGUCAAACUAUAGCUCCACCUAGCUGAAAUAAAUAAAAACACGUCCAGCGUCAAACGCCAGCGUCAAAUUAAAUCAGCGGCGAAAAAAUGUAUGAAUAUCGAAAGUCGAUAUCUCAAGAUAUACCUUGAAGCUAGUCCUUAACCUAAUUUUUAUAAAAACACAUGGUGAAUAUGAUUAUCAAUUGUGGAUUUAUCAGUGUCAAAAAAUAAUUCGUGAAGCUGAAAUAAAAAAAAAAAAUCAGGCGCAAGAGGAUUAUUAGUGCUUUGUUAUGCAAUUAACUAGUUAUACAAAAUUGUAGAAAAAAAUAUACAAAAAAAAAAAUUUUGGAUUCAUCCUUUAUUCAAAUUACGGCGAGACUAUGGCUUCUUUGAGGUCAUAUUCCCAACUCUUUCUUCGUAUUCUAAAAAAAUUGAAAAUUACAUCCGAAUGACAGCAGUCCAAUUUGAAAAGCUUCUAUGUUUAGUUGGCCUGAAAAUAUCAAAUCAAAAAGUUGUAAGAGAGCCUAUUUCAGCUCCAGCACGACUAGCUAUGACUUUGCGAUUUCUAGCAACUGGUGACUCAAUGUCGACGGUGUCGUAUCAGUAUUUAGUUGGGUUAACAACAACAGCAAAUAUAAUUGUCGAAACUUGUCAAGCUCUAUGGAGUUGUCUUAAAGAAAAAGUAUUACCGUAUCCUUUGACUGAAUCUCAUUGGCUGAAAAUUGCUGAUGAAUUCGAAAAGCAAUGGCAAUUUCCACAUUGCAUUGGAGCUAUCGAUGGGAAACAUAUACACAUACAGUGUCCUGAUAAUGCAGGUUCUUCAUAUUACAAUUAUAAAAAUAGUCACAGCAUUGUAUUGAUGGCAGUUUAUGAUGCUAAUUAUUUGUUUACUCUCGUUGACAUUGGUGCUUACGGUAGAAGAAGUGAUGGAGGGAUUUUCCGGAGCUCAGCAAUGGGUCAGAAGUUUGAGAAUAGUGACAUGAACAUACCAAAACCAGACUCGCUAACUGUAGAUGGAAUGCCUCAACCAUAUGUUCUUGUGGGAGACGAGGCGUUUCAAUUGACAAAACUAUUUACUUCGACCAUAUCCUGGUAGAAGUGGUUUGAAUAAAGAAAAAAGUAUAUGUAAUUAUCGUCUCAGUCGAGCACGCAGAACUAUUGAAAAUUCAUUCGGGAUCAUAGUGAGUUUAUGGAGGGUUCUAAAAAAACCAAUUGAUGCUACAGUUGAGAAUACAAUCGAUAUGAUUCAAGCAAUCAUAUGUUUGCAUAAUUGGCUUCGCAAGCAUGACAAAGAUGAUGUUUACAUCCCACCUAACUUAGUAAUUGAUCAAGAACGCCCUGAUGGUAUAAUUUCUAGAGAUUUGAGGCAUGAAGUUAACGAUUCUGCCCUCAAAGACACAACAGCUUAUGGCAAUAAUUUCAGUAGCAGAUCUGCAGUAGCUGUUCGAGAUGAAUUUUGUGAAUACUUUAAUGCCGAAGGAGCUAUUCCCUGGCAAUAUUAUCGUUAAGUAUAAAUUGUAAAUAUUUUUUUUUAAUACCAUCAAAAAUUUAUUAAAAUCGCUUUGUAUUUAAAUUGUAAAUAUA